UAGGGCGAGGGCUCAGAGGAACAGAGAAAAUACCAAGGGGACAAGCCUUUACUGCUGUCGAGAGUGACAUUACAGAAGAAAGGAUUCUUCACAUCAUCAUUUACUAUCAGAGUCAUCGAUAUUUCUGAAUAUUUUAGGCGACAUCCCAACUCGCUGACGAUAGGCCUACAUUGUUGUUAAGCUUGUUGGAAUUUAAAUACUGACAGUUCAGUUCAGUUGUUAUACAUUCGAUCGAGGCAACCGCGACUAGUCUACCAGAACAGAAAUAAGGGCAAACUUGUUACAAAGGCGCAGGGAAUGCAUAACGGUUUGCUAUCUUAAGCAUUGUAUUGCAUUCGCGAAUUUAGACCUCGGAUAUACCCGGACUGGCCAUACCUGAAGAGUGCACUGAGCCCGUUCCAUUGAUCAAUUACUGUUGAGAGCUCUCCGGGGGGAGGAAGCAAAGAAAGACUCAAAGAGCAACCUGCUACAUGCAACUGCCUGCAAGAGUCUUGAAGCCUCACGGAGCCUAGACCAGAAUAACAACAGCAGACGAAGAAAAGAGCCAAACACACCAGGGCAAGGAGGGCUUUGAAGGCUUUUUUGGGAGGGCUUCACUCACUGGAAUGCCUGAGACGCAAUGCAGCCGCUGAGGUGCCCCCCACGCCCAGGUGCCCAGGAGGGGCGUGCCAGGCCGCUGGCCCCAUCGCGCAGGAGGAACCGCAGGAGAGAGACCGACCCCGCCGCCCGCUCACCAGCACUGCCUCUGCAGGCCCUGCCUCCUCAUUGACACUUUGCCCUCGGCCAUAAAAGCCCAUGCUGACUGAAUGGUUGCUCUGUGCUCCGCCGUUAGACUGUCUGUCCGGGAAUGCUGUUGUUGGUCUUCGGAGGGCAGCCUUGGAGAUGGAAGAGCAGCAGGGUUAGGCUUGGGCCACGGGCACUGCACAGCUCCGGGGUGGGUGUGGAGCAGACCGGAGUGCAGACGCAAACUACGACAACAGAGAGGAGCCAGACGGCCAGGCACUGUAGAGAGACUGUUGUGCUAUCCGCAGGGGAGCGUAGCGCGGACCCUACUCUGUAAAGCAGGGCCCCCGUAACACUGUAGCGCUCUACUCCCGGUCCUCCCCCGGCCAUUUGCACUUCCAAGAACUCUUGGUCAUUCUCGAGGCCCUGCUGCACGAAGCUCCGGCGGCUCGGUUACACACACACACGCCAAAGCCAUGCGUCACAUUCACGUCGAGCUGGCUCGCAAGGAGCCCGCGGUCCAGCUCCCAGCACAAGAGGGGGACCUGCCGCCGACCAGCACCCCAGCCGAGGGGCCCGACCUCGGGGCGCGCAGCGGCGUCCCCAGGCCCUUCGGGGAGGAGGAGAUCCGCCUCCAGAAGGUCUACCAGCUGUCCAUCUUCUCGCAGCGAGGGGGCUACUCGGAGGCGGGCGAGGGAGGGCAGCGGGCGUCCCGCGCGGGGCUGAAGCGGAGCCUGGACGAGCCGGUCACCCCGCUGGCCAGCAAGCGGCUGCACGAGGCGACUGCGACCGCGACCGCUUCGGCGGAGGACGACGAGGAAGUGGACGUGCCCCCGGCCGAGGUGCUGUGCGGCUCCGCGCCCGCCGAGCCGUUCUACUCGUGCGCCCUGCUGGAGUGCAACAGCAACAACAACAGCAACAACAGAGAGCCGGAGGGCGGCACGGCCAGGACGCCCCCGCGGCCCCCGAUGUCCCCCAGCUACAGCGCCAUCCCCGCGCGCCGGCCCGCCCAGCACAACCACGACCGGCCGGUGCCCGACGCCUGGGCGCCGCUCUCGCCCAAGUCGCCGCCGAUGGUGGACGUCUUCCGGUCUUCCGGCGACGCGUCCCCGGCGCUCAGCCCCGAGCCGCCCCCGGGGGGCGACGCCCCGGCCCACUCCAUCGGCUCCCCGCCGCACGGCGAGGGCUCCGGCAACGGGACCGCCUCGACCGCCAUCAUCGUCGAGCAGGGAAGCUCCUGCACGGCGUCCGCACGGAGCGCCAGCCCGAGCCCGCCGCGGCCCUCGUCCAGCCCCAAGGGGCUCUCCGAGGCUCUGGAGUGGGCGGCCAGCUUGGAGUCCACCCCGCCGCCCGCCGCCACCAACGGCGCGGCCUCCAACGGCGCACGCUCCUCGGACAAGACGCUCGCCGUCGGCGUCGGCGUCGACCCCCGGGCGCACCUCAACGGGUCGCCCUCGCCCUCCUCCUCCGCUGCUGCUUCCAACGGGUCCUCGCCCGCCCACUGCCCGGCCAAGAAGAAGCUGCUGUCGUCCAGCGACACGGGGGAGUCCUGCUCCGAGGACGAGGGCCCGUCCACCUCCAAGAGGAGCCGGCUGGCGCUGCUGGCCCCGGGGCUGGGCCUGGCCUCCUGCCGGAGCACCGACGCCAAGGCCGCGCCCUUCUGGAACCACCUGCUGCCCUCGGCCCGCCAACACCACAAGGGUGCCACAGACUGUACACGAUCAGGAAGGAGACUGAAAAGUGGGAUCAGGCUCAAAUCGCGUCAGUUGCGUAGUGGCCGGCGGACGGACAACUGUCACUCAACUCGAGCCGUCUGGCCCUCUUCCUCCAUCAGCCGCUCGCUCCUGGGCAACUUUGAGGAGUCCAUACUGAAGGGCCGUUUCUCGCCGUCGGGCAGCAUCGAGGGCUUCACUGCUGAGAUCGGGGCCAGCGGCUCCUACUGUCCCCAACAUGCUACCCUGCCUGUUCAGGUCACCUACUACGAUAUCUCAGAGCACAGUGCACCAUCACCUUUCCUAGGUGUGAUCUCCCUGGAGCCGCUGGGGAAAAAGGGAUAUAGUGUACCCAAAGCAGGGACCAUUCAAGUGACCUUAUUCAACCCCAACAAAACUGUGGUGAAAAUGUUCCUGGUGACGUACAACUUUGGGGACAUGCCUGUCAAUCACAUGACCUUCCUGCGUCACCGCAUCUUCCUGGUACCCGUGGACGAGGGGGAGGGGUCAGAGAGGGCGGGCCCCGCCGAGGACGUACAGGUGGACAGGAAGAAGAUUCUCUGCUACUUGAUACACCUCAGAUUCCAGAGUUCCAAAUCUGGGAAAAUCUACUUGCACAAUGAUAUCCGGCUGCUAUUCUCCCGAAAAUCCAUUGAAGUGGACACAGGGAUUCCUUACGAGCUGAAAUCUUUCACCGAGGUGCCAAGAAACCCCAAGUACUCCCCGCGCGUGUGAUCCUCGCCAGCACUGCCUGCCCUGCCCGAGCGCAGGCAGGAACCCUUCCGAGAGACUGCUCCAACUACUAGGACUACAGAGGACUAAUGCUGACUUGAAUCCAUACACACAUAGACAUACACACACACGUACACACACACACAAGUACACACACGUACAAACACACACACACACACAGACACACACACACACACACACACACAUACACACACACACACACACACACACACAUACACACACACACACACAAACACACACACAAAUGAAUGCAGAGGCAGACACAGACAUACUUGCUUGCUUAGAGCAGGUGCAACUCAUGCACACACACACACACACACACACACACACACACACACACUCACAUACAAAUGCAUAUCACACUCACUCAUGGAGACUCUUUUGAGUUCAGUGUUUGUGCAUGCCUUGUGACUAGACUGAGUUUUCCUCUAGUGCCGUAACUUCACACAGUACGUAUCUGCCCUUCACUCUGUGUGCACCAAGCCCCCCCCCCUCCCAGCCUCAUCGUGGACCAAUCACAGUCGUUGUUGCCACAGUGGGAUCCAAUCAAAUAUGCAGUGAUAGGCUUCAGUGACUUUUUCCCAUGCAUCUACAGAGAAAGAAAAAAAAAAAAGUUGAAUGGUGAAGGGGGAGCAUCAGCAUGAAUGGGCCUUUUGAGUGAGCCUUGGACUCUCUUCCAUAUCCCUGGUUCUUAUUCUUGGAAAGGGAAGUCGUCACAGCCGUGGCACAGGCGAUGGGACCUCCACCAACGACAGAGUACACCUUCAUGCAACAGACUUUUAAAGACCUCCAGGCAUGGAUUAUAUUGGGGUGUGUGGGGGGGGGGAGCAAGGAGAAUCCAUUUUGUUUUUUUGGAGGGGGGGACGGAGGUCUCCCCUGUCUGAGUCCCACCUUUCUCAAUGCGUGUAGGCAGACUGAAGGACACUCCCUGCUCUCAAGGACUCAAUGCUGUUACACACAGACAAACAAACAAACAAACAAAAAAAACAAACAUGGGGAGCAGACACAAGCCGUAGUAUUUAAUUUAUGUUCGAAAUUGUCUUAAAAAAAAAAAAAGCAAUAUGCUGCACAAUAGAAGGUGUGAUUUUUCUUAGCGGGGGGUGAGCGCUCUGGUUUCCGUGAGGGCGGAAGGGGGAUGUCUGGAGUGCUCUGCCUGUAGAAAGGGAGUGAGAG